AAUAUGGACAGAGUUGCAUCACCACACUUUGUGAUAUUUCCUUUCAUGUCUCAUGGUCACACCAUCCCUCUCCUCCACCUCGCCACCCUUUUACGCCACCGUUUCAUCACCGUCACCAUCUUCACCACCCCCGUUAACGCCCCCUCCAUCCGCAAUUUUCUACAAGACGCAUCCAUUUCCGUUAUCGAACUCCCUUUUCCUAAAGACGUACAUGACAUCCCUCCUAAUGUUGAAAAUACUGAAAAGCUUCCUUCCAUGUCCUAUUUCUAUCCAUUUGCUAUAGCUACAAAGCUGAUGCAGCCGCUCUUCGAGCAGGCUCUAUCAGCUUUGCAGCAUUCACCUACAUGUGUGAUAUCUGACGCAUUUCUUGGAUGGACUCAAGAGUCAGCCAAAAAAAUUGGUGUCCCGACGUACUUCUUCUCUGGUAUGAGUGUUUUCGCCACGACUAUAGGUCAACUUCUUGGGAUAGAACGUGCUGAAACUAUUUCAGCAGACGAGUCUUUUACGUUUUCAGGUUUCCCAUGGUUGAAGUUCACAAGAAAUGAUUUUCCACCUCCGUUUGGAGACCUUGAGCCAAAAGGUCCAGCCGUCGACUUUUGGAUAGAGCUAGGUAUUUCCAUUGCAAAGAGUCGUGGGAUGAUCACCAACAGCUUUUACGAACUGGAACCAAGAUUUGCAGACUAUUUCAACCAACACCUCGGACCAAAAUCAUGGUGUGUUGGGCCUCUUUGCCUAACCAAGCGGCCAAUUAAAGCAGCAUUCUCUCAAACCGACAACAACAAACAGGAAACAUGGCUAAACAAUAAAUUGACAGAAAAACAGCCUGUUCUGUACGUAGCAUUUGGUACUCAGGCUGACAUUUCUGCUGAGCAAAUACAAGAAAUUGCAAAGGGACUUGAAUUAUCCAACACAUGUUUCUUAUGGGUGAUAAGACAAAAUGUUGUCGAGCAUUUGGCAGGCUUAGAGGAGAAAGUAAAAAACAGAGCAUUAAUAGUGAAAGAAUGGGUAGAUCAGAAUCAAGUGUUGAAUCACAAAAGCAUCAAAGGGUUUUUGAGUCAUUGUGGAUGGAACUCUAUUUUGGAAAGUAUAUGUGCUAAAGUGCCUAUUUUGGCACUACCAUUUAUGGCUGAACAGCAUGUAAAUGCAAGAAUGGUGACGGAGGAAAUCGGGGUGGGAUUGAGGAUCAUGCCGAGAAAUGGAUCAGUGAGGGGAUUUGUGGAAGCUGAAGAAGUUGAGAAAAUGGUGAGAGAGUUAAUGGAAGGUGAAAGGGGAGAAAUGGUGAGGAAGAAAGUGAAGGAGUUGGGAGAAAAUGCAGAGGAAGCUAUGAAAGAAGGUGGCUCAUCCUGGUCCACAUUAGACCUCCUUAUUGAUGACGCCUGUGCCAGAAAACUUUAAAUUCUCAACUUAUUAGCGUAGUGAUAGUGAGAAUUUAAAUUUUAUAAAUUCUGGAGUUAAUUUUAAUAUUUGCAUGCAUUUAGUAAAUUUCAUAAUACAAAAGUAAUGAUUCAUCCUAAAAUUAUUGAGUUAGUUUAAACCUAUAACUAAUACUAUAGCUCCACCCCCUACUUAUUUGGGUACGUUUUCCAAGAGCUUCAUGUUCUUUCCCUGUUUGCUUUGAUCAAUCUCUUAUAAGAAAUGAAAAUAUCUCAUAGGGGAUCCAACGACGCUGGCUACACUGGCCAGUUAUUAUUUGCCACUAAAUAAGUUUUUGGCUACAUCUACACUAGCCAGUAAUUUUUUUGCUAUAUCUUUAAUACAGCAUUGCACAUCACAAACAAUAUGUAUGGAAGUCGUUCCUCCAACUAUGGGCA